UGCAAUUUAUUUCUCCGGCUCAUCAACAAGUUUGUCAAUUAAUUUUUAAAUAAUUUGGUUUCGAUUUAAUUAAUUGCACAAUUAUCUAAAAGUGUGAUAAAGGUAUAUAAUAUUUAUGCAGUAAGAAACCCCUUGGGCGACUUAUUGUGCUACAACCGUAUUAAGACGGACGUAAUCUACGGCAUGAUGAAGGAUUUCGGCCCAACUGUGCUGAUAUUUUUAUGUGUCUUCAACACUAUCUGUGACACCGUGGACAAGAGCAAGUUCAAGAUUUGUGAUCAGUCCGGAUUUUGCAAGAGGCAACGUCACAUCGCGGACGGGUCGUCUAAUUUCGACGUGAAUCUAAAAUCUGGCCGUACUUUUAAGGACUAUGCCGUAUUCGACAUUGUGAACAAGGACAAUGGGCACAAAUUUCUUCUCGAGGUGCACACCUACAUGGACGGGACGUUUCGAGUGUUGAUGAAUGAGGAGAGCCCGUUACACCCCCGGUAUCAAGUUGAGCAUGCCUUGCUGCCUGAUUUGAAGAAGGCGUCAAUGGAAUUUGAAUCUGUUGGAAAUGGUGAAUCCUGGACGCUCGCUCACACCGGGAUGAGGGACAAGUUUUACGUUCAAAUUUUCGCAAGUCCCAUGAAGCUAGACUUUUAUUCGGGUGGGAAGAAAGUCGCAGUUUUCAACGGAAGGAAUUCAUUAAAAUAUGAACAUCUACGGAAUAAGCCAGAUGUAAAUGAUGAGCCCAAAGAAGACGGGGGCGAGGAAACUCCACAAGAACCGUCCAUGUGGGAGGAACAAUUCAGCAGUCACAGCGAUAGUAAACCUCGUGGGCCAGAGUCUAUCGGGGUGGACAUUGACUUUCCUUUGACCCAGAAUUUGUACGGUAUUCCUGAACAUGCGGAUGAUUUUAGGCUGAAGGAUACUAGUGGUCGAGAGCCCUUCAGACUCUACAACUUGGACGUUUUCGAGUACGAACUCGACAGUCCGAUGACCUUGUAUGGAUCUAUCCCUUAUAUGAUGGCUCACAGUCCCGAACGAACGGUUGGAGUCCUGUGGGUCAACGCGGCCGAGACCUGGAUUGAUGUGAAGACUGGUGGGAGUGGAAUUGUGGACUCCAUCGUCAACUUAGUUGGUGGUUCCGAGGACAAGGAGGGAAGGACGAGGUGGAUGUCGGAGUCUGGAAUAAUUGACGCAUUCUUCUUUCUUGGUCCUUCUCCGCUUGAUGUGUUCAAACAAUACGCAAAAGUCACGGGAGUCACACCACUCCCACAGAUGUGGGCAAUUGGAAGUCAUCAAUGCAGGUGGAACUACAACGAUGAGGAGGACGUUCGCGGAGUUGAUGCUAAUUUUGAUAGUCACGACAUCCCUUACGAUUCAAUUUGGCUUGACAUUGAACAUACGGAUGGGAAAAAAUAUUUCACGUGGGAUUCUCACAAAUUUCCUCAUCCUGUUGAAAUGAUUCAAAAUAUUAGUUCAAAAGGGAGGAAAAUGGUUACAAUUAUCGACCCCCACAUUAAACGAGAUGGAGGUUAUUUUCUCCACGAGGACGCGCUUGCUAACGAUCUCUAUGUGAAGGACAAGAACGGAAAAGUAUAUGAAGGAUGGUGUUGGCCCGGAUCUUCAUCAUAUUUGGACUUCUUUGACCCCAAAGUCCGCGAAUACUGGGCAUCUCGCUUUGCGCUUGACAAAUAUCCAUCAACUCUGGAUCUCUACACGUGGAACGAUAUGAACGAGCCCUCUGUUUUCAACGGCCCCGAGGUCACGAUGCCGAAGGAUAUGAUGCAUUAUGGAGGAUGGGAACACCGACAAGUUCACAACAUGUAUGGCUUGAUGCAAGUCAUGUCCACAUUUGAAGGACAAUUACAACGCUCCGAGAACCAACUUCGACCAUUCAUCUUGACGCGAGCUCAUUUUAUUGGAUCCCAACGUUACUCUGCCGUCUGGACGGGAGACAACAUGGCAAACUGGGAGCAUUUGAAGGCCUCCAUUCCCAUGUGUUUGUCUCUCUCGAUUUCUGGAAUGAGUCACUGCGGAGCCGAUAUUGGAGGAUUUUUUCAAAAUCCAGACGCCGAGCUGAUGUUGAGGUGGUAUCAAGCCGCCGCCUUUCAACCCUUUAUGCGCAACCACGCCCACAUUGAGACCAAGAGGAGGGAGCCUUGGUUGUUUGGGGAUAGGACGACAGCUCUCAUCCGGUCAGCGGUUAGGAGGCGAUACGCCCUCUUACCAUACUGGUACACUCUUUUCUACGAAAACGAGCAGACCGGGGUUGCACCAAUGCGACCAUUGUGGGCACAUUAUCCCACCGAUGCUAAAACGUUUGGCAUCCAAGAUGCUCAUUUGAUUGGAGAAAGCCUUCUUGUCCACCCCGUCACUGAUAAGGGUGCCACAAGUAUCAACGUUUACCUCCCACACGGCGUGUGGUACGAUUUUUACAACUAUAUCAAAUAUGAGGGUGGUACCCACACGCUCACCGUGAAUGACGAUACGGUAAAUAACAAAUACUUUUUACUUGUAAAAUUAAGAACAUUACGCAAUUAUUUGAUUCAUUUUGGUUUUACGCAGAUACCGGUGUUUCAAAGAGCCGGAUCAAUUAUACCAACGAAACAGCGUAUCCGUCGUGCAUCCUCUUUGAUGAAGGAUGAUCCUUACACGCUCUUUGUUGCGAUUGACGAAAAGGGCGAAGCUCAUGGAACGUUGUACAUCGACGAUCAACAAACAUUUGAAUAUAGGACUGGUAGUUACCUGAAAGUUGAUUUGACCUACAAAAACAAUAAGCUCUCUUCAAAGGUUGUACACUCUGGGCCAUCUUUCAAUUCAAAAGAAUGGAUAGAACGCGUUGUGAUUCUGGGGGCCAAUAAGAAGGCGAGAGAUGUCAAAGCAGUUAGCAAAUCCGUUGGUUCAGUCGCCCUCGAGUCUGAAGGGGAGCAUCCCCUCGUUAUAAGAAAGCCUGCCGUUCUAGUUAAUGAAGACUGGGAAAUCGAUCUUCACUUUUAACCUGUACUAAUAAUCAAUUAGGAGGCGAUAUUAUUAUUUCGAGCGAAAUGGACUUUUACUCUUAAUCGGCAUCACACACAGCAUUAAUUUCCGAAUGAAAAGAAUCAAUCCUUUCAAUUAUUCUGCAUUUAAAUUAAUUAUUACAGAACUUGGUUAUCUAGAGUUGGGUUUAAUUACGGUAUUUUAAUUUAAUGUUCAUUAUUAUUAUCAGUCAUUCAAGAAUUAUUACGAAGUAAGUAUGUAAAAAAUGUAUUCCUUACACAGUUGUCCGUCCUUUCAUAAAAAAAUUUGAAAUGAUGGAACACUUUCAAGACUUGAAAAUCUUGUCGAAUUGUGAUUAUUAUUAAUUUAAUUAAGUCAAAUGUAUGCAUGCUUAUUAUUAUUUUGUAGUAUUUAAUUAGUUGAUCAUUCCAUAAUGAUGUUUGUUCGUUGUGUAGAUUUCAUAACAAUUAUUUAAAAUUGAGUAUUUUCUUUAUGAUAAGUUUCAAUCCGAGUGGAAAAUUAUGUGGCAAAUAACGAUAAGCACACGUGUAAAAUAUUUGUGUUGGGGAAAACGAAUAAAAAUGUGAUAUGCACACAUUACGAAGUCA